AAAAAAAUAGCAGAGAGAGCAAGAGCAAGUAUCAGAGAAAAUUAACCAAGGAAAACAUAAUUGUGUUGUUAAUUCCUAUUAUUUUGCGUCCUUUUUGUUAGUUUUUUUUUUUUUUAAAUCGUGCGUUCAAUUCUAUGAAACGUGCGUAUUACUUAUAACGUGGACUUGACGCAAUACAUCCCCCCACCCUUUUCGUUCUGCAGUAAGGGCGCUCGUGGAGUCUUAACCGGCAAGUUCAAACCUGUAUACUUACAAAUUCAAACUCAUGACCAAUGAACGUCAAGCACAGCUGGCGGAUAGCGAAUAUUCAACCAAUACCGUGUCGCCGUAUGGGCCUGCGUUACCUGGAGAAAACUGUUAAGGCUUGUUUAAACUACUAAGCAGACGUUACAGUCCAAGAAUUAAGCUUCUAAGUAUGGCUAUGUCGCAGUGUCUAGAGGAUUUACCAGACUGGAGAAGGUCAGAGGUGCGACAGGAUUCAAGCAUAAAAGAAUUAUAUAAUGAAAGGCACCGACUUGCCCUGGAAACGCUGCUUUCUGAAGGAAUUGACUCCUUUACAGACUUUCUGAACAAGGAGAGAAUACCGAAUUUUCUCUCCGAUGACGAGAUCAGACGAAUCUCCCGGGCCGCGGUUGUACCGAGAUGCGUUUCCUUGGUUGGGGAUGAUUCACAUUUAGAGCAACUUAGUACUUUAGAUUGUUCGUCUGUCACGUAUUUCCCGGAGAUUUCCGACCUAGAGCCCCCGAUUUUAGAACUAGGUUGGCCUGCUUUCACUACGGGGUCGUUCCGUGGAGUCACGCGUGCUGUAGCAUACUUCCAGCCAAGUUAUGGCGAAAGUAUUUACAGCUGCAAAGAAGCAGCAAGAAGGAUGAUCAAAAAUGCAAAGGAGGUGAUUGCCAUAGUAACAGAUUCACUAACAGACCUGGACAUUUUCCGUGACCUGCAGGAGGCAUGCACCCAAAGUCGUGUCCCUGUGUACAUCCUACUGGACCAGACAUCUCUUCUAGCAUUUAUGCAGAUGUGCAAAAACCUUAACGUGCAACUUGAUGACCUCCAGCUUAUGAGAGUGCGGACACUAACAGGUUCAACUUACUACAUGCGAUCUGGUGCUCGUAUUACUGGGAAGGUUCAUGAGCGAUUUAUGUUGAUUGAUGGGAACAGAGUAGCCACAGGCUCCUACAGGUUCAACUGGACUGAUGGUAAACUCAACAGUAGCAAUCUGAUUGAGUUAUCUGGCCAAAUCACAGAGAACUUUGAUGAAGAGUUCCGCAUCCUCUAUGCUCAGUCUCUCCCACUUGACACAAGAGUUGCCUCUAGUAUUCAAAACAGCAGCAUCUAUGAUUACCAGCUACUCAAGCAUCAAGGAACCUCUGCUUCCACAGCAGCAGUCUGUAAACCAAUGAGGCUGACCAGCACACCCAACAGAGCUCACACAAAACAAUCUGGAAAAGAAAGUGAGAUUGAGAGCAUUCCAAUAUCUGGCACGUUAAAUCUUGAAGGGAAGUGGAUAGAGCAAGAUUUUGGACAUGAUCCUACUGCUGCUGCAGAGAAUCCUGUGAAUGCUGAAAACUUUGAUGUGUCUGCUAGCAUUCUAAAUGUGGGCACUAUGACCGUCCGUCACACGUCGACACAGACCAGCUAUCUGAAUUUAGAUGGCACAAUGCAGAUAAAAGCAAUCGCCACUUCUCAGGAUUCUUGCACCAUAGCCCUAAACUCUGCCUGCAAUGAUAAGACAAGCAGCCCCAGCCAUUCGACUGCCUCAACAACCACUACACCCAGGGACUGUUCUUCUCAAGUAGAGGUGCAUUACUGCCCAUACAUCCACCACAGUAUUCUCCCUACAGGUAGCAACCUGAGAGAUUGUGUCUGCAAACUGACCAAAGAAAGGCAUUACCAUUUCUCAAUCAUCCGCUCCAAGCUGGACCACAUGAUGAUGAUGCUAUCCCAUGGGAGGGAGCAGGUAGAUCUUGCUGGUCGGCACCAUGGGGUGAAGGACAAUGUGGUGGUUGGGACAUGGCCAAAGUCACGGUGUCAGCAGUGAAGGGAGCAUUCUUGGUAUUGUGAAUGUUUGACAUUACAUUUGUUGUCUUUCCAGCUACUUAGUGGUUUAUAUAUAACAUAUGUUCCAUUUUAAUAACUUUAUG